AUGGGUGAAAGAUUUAAGGUGAUAGAUGUUAUUUUGAAUACAAUGUUGAGUUACUGGCAUUUUAAACCUAUAAGCAAAUUUAAUAGUUGGACUGAAUUCCGUAUUGAACUGAAAACAAAGCAAAAUGGUCUUAUUGAUACCUAUAUAUUGAUGUUUGAGAAAUAUCCUGUUGAUCCUGAGCAAGAGCUAUAUGAUGAUGGUUCUGGUCAUUAUGUGGAUAGCAUAGCAAAGAAUAUUUCUUUUGGAUGGCAUGAAGGAAUAUUAAGUAUUAUGAACCAUGAUACCAGAGAGCUAAUUGAAGAUCCAAUACAUAAAUUAUCCAAGAUUUUAUUUGAUUUCAAUGGAAUUGAUGAUGAAAUAUCAGCAGAUACUAGUAUUCAAUUAUAUGAAGACAGCUCAUUUUUUGUCUAA